AGUUUUCUGAACCACGUCACUCUCUGCCUUGUUGCCUUAUCACUUUCCCUUGAGUUCCGUGACCUUUAUUGACAACAUCUCUUUCAUCGAGACGGCCGGCAGCAGACUCGGAGGACACCAGCAUACUACUGUGUACACAGUAUUGCCUAUUAGCUCGACCAGGGUAGCUCUGCAGAUCUCUAGGUAGUCGCCUUGUUGGAUAGAGUACCUACGGCACAUCGUCCCACCUCAGCGCCCGACCACUCACUCUUCGUUUCCAUUUACCGUCGACUUCGCUGUUUCCCCUACGGUCCCCUACGGUCCCCUACCUAUAUCACAGUCAUACGGCACCAUGGGCGUGGGCGCUUUCCUAGAACCCCUCGUAGUCUUGACGCUUCUCUUCGGCGGUACCUGGGUGAACAGAAACACACAAUACCGCAUCUUCGAUCGCAGACGACCGCGCUCCCCUUCUCCUCGCUCAGCCUCUCCAGACUCGGUUGAAUCCGGGUUGUCUAGUCCACGCCCAAGUACAUCAUUGUUGGACGGUUAUCGCGCCUCUUCGCCUUCACUUCUCACGCCUCAAGAACCCCACUGGAGGACGCGGGAGAUCAGGAUACUGGGUUUCAGGAAGGAGGUCGUCAGUCCGAAUACCAGGAGAUUCCAAGGGUAUUUCUUGAGUCGCGUACUUCAACGAUUUCCAUUCUUAGUCGAGGCGUGGUAUUGGGCGUUGAUCUAUUGGGUAUACCAAUUAGGCCGCGCAUUCACAGCUGUGACCCUCGUUGAGGGUACCGUUGAUGUCGCCCGCAAGCAUGCUCUGCAGAUCAUCCACCUCGAAAAGCGCCUCCACAUCUUCUGGGAAUUGCCCAUCCAGCACUGGUUCCUAAACCACCCUACCGUCCUGCGUUGGACCAACCGCAUCUAUUCCUUCAUUCACAUUCCUGGCACCAUUCUCUUCCUCGUCUGGCUGUAUUACUACACCACCACCCGGAACCGCCUCGACCUUCCACUCCCAAACAAACCCACUGGUGAGGCCGAUGGCUCGCCUGCCGGUCCUAAGUUGUACGCCGCACGCCGACGAACAAUGGCUGUUUGCAACCUUCUCGCUUUCAUCGUCUUCACCCUCUGGCCCUGCAUGCCUCCUCGGCUGCUUUCCGACCCUGACGUGCCCGGCCCCAUUGGAGAAGAAGCCCGCUCGUACGGCUUCGUGGACACCGUUCACGGCGCCGAAGGCGAAAGCAGCGUCUGGACUCAGAACAGGUUCUGUAAUCAGUAUGCUGCAAUGCCCUCGUUGCACUUCGGUUACUCCCUGCUCAUCGGCUUGACCAUCUGCCUUAUCCCUCUGGCCCCUCAGCACCAGCGCUCCCGCACUCUCUCCCUUGGCAUCUCGAAGGGCAAAACCCUGAGACUCCGGAUGCCCUCCGUUCGGCGGCUGAUCUGUCUGUUCGUUGGCAUCGCGUACCCCGCAACAAUUCUGAUUGCAAUCAUUGCCACCGCGAACCACUUCAUUCUCGAUGCUGUGGCCGGUGCGAUUGUCUGCGGAUUGGCGUGGAUGAGCAACCGCAUGUUGCUGAAUCUGCUGCCGUUGGAGGAUUACUUUCUGUGGCUGGUAAAGAUUCAUAAGCCCGAGCGGAGGGUUGCACAGAUUGAGGGGGAUGAGGAGGAUGAUUGGGAGGACGGUAUCGGAACUGGUUUUGCUGGCAAGGGCACCGCUGUGCAUUAAUCGCGAAUUGGCAAUCAAUGAGAUGGAUUAAAGGAUGCCGGGACUCGAGGAGGAGCGGAAUAGGAGCUUCCUGGAUUCGAAGCUUCCUGGCUUCGAAAAGUGGAGUGGUCUCUCCCUCA